AGUCCUGAUCUUUUCCGUGGAAUAAAGGUGGCGAGACUGCUAGUAGCAGCGCCAUUCCUGCUGGCGUUCCUACUGGCCUCGCUCACCUCCCCGGUGCUCAUCCCGGUCUUCCUCCUCGCCGCUGCUGCCGUGCUCUUUGCCUCGCUACUAGCCUCCUGGGUGCGGUCCAGGGAUGACGGCGGGAACACCCUCAGACAGGUGACAGCAGCGGUUCAAAGGGGAGCGGCCACGCUGCGAGCAGCCGUAACAGCGGCAGCAGCCAAGGCAGUGCUAGUGGCCACCAUGCUGGUCGCCCUCAUCCACCUCUCCCACCAGCUCUCGCCUCAGCAAGAGGCCACCGGCGUGCACCGCUCGCUGCUCGCCUUCGUCUCGCUGCUCUCCUUCCUCCUGGGAGGGUUCUGCAUGGCUCUUGCUGCGCACGCUGCAGUGUGGGUGUCCGUGCCUGCUGCUGCCAGGAUUGCUGCUGCUGCCAGGCGAUCCCCCCAAGAGGCCCUUCAGGUUGCUAUCCGAGCAGCGGGGGCAGCAGCGCUGGUGGUGGCAGCAGUGCCGGUGGUGGGGCUGGGCAUCAACUACAGCGCCCUGCUCGCCUUCUUCCACAUGCACCUCGCCCCACUCCCCGCCUCCCUUGCUGCACAAAAACGAAGAGGCCUCUCCGCCUCGGCUGCCUCUGCUGCUACUGCGGGUUCGGCUUUGGCUUCAGCAGCACUUAAGCCCACUGAUUUGCCGGCAUUGCUUGUCUGUUUCUGCUUCGGGGCGGCAGUAGUGUCUCUCUUCUACCACCUCCCGCCGUCCAUCUUCUCCCGCUCUCUAGCGCUGGGCCACAAGCUUAUAUCAAGGAUGGACAGAAGCGCGUCAGAGGCAGCAGGAGGGGGCGCCAAUGUCGUUGCUGUUGCUGACAUGGUGGGCGUGGGCAUGGCGAGGGGGGCAGCGAGGGCAUGUGAGGCGUUUUGCCUGGCAGCAGCAGAAGCGGUGGCAUCGAUGGUUUUGGGGGCGCAUGUGGCACAGCACUGCGCCAUUGACA